AUGUUCUGCUGGGCGGCGGUCCGUAGUAUCGCCGAGUUAUACGUCUUCGCCUUUUUCUAUGGGCUUGCCUCGGCGGCAGCCAUGGGCUUGUUCGCCGGCACGGUGCCGUCGCUUACCAGAGACAUGGACAAGAUUGGAACUAGAGUGGGCAUGAUACUGACUCUAAUAAGUUUCGGUCCGUUGACGGGUCCAUCCGUGGCCGGCGCCUUGAUCGCACGCACGGGGGGAAGUUAUCUGGCAGAGCAGAGCUGGGCUGGGGCGUCGCGGUUGGUGGGUACAGCGGCCUUGAUUGCGGCUCGAGUCAUCACGUCAGGAUUCCGUAUAAAGGUAAAAAUCUGA